ACCCUUUUUCUUACUACAAGGGACAAGGCUUGUGCAUGCACUUAAAUAUCGACGGUUGUUAAAUCUUUCAAUUGAUUCGUUGACUGUGCUUGAUGACACCCUUUUCUUUGACGAUGGCAUUGCUACGCUCCGACGGAGCCAGAGACAAGAGACGGAAAAGCUUAUUAUCCUGUGUUAUUUUCAAAACUGACCUGUCCUGAUCAUCAAGCUACCGUAUCCAAUCAAGUACCUGAUAGCUAGUUUGCCGCAGCCAAGAAUUCGAAGAAUUAGAGCAAGCAGAAGAAGAAGAAGUUUUUCUUUAUAUUAUUUAUUGCUUCUACCAUUACGACAACGACAACGACCCACCUGGGCAGUGCCACACGGACGGCUCCUGUUUAUUGCAACGAAGCGUUUCGCCAACGAACAGAACAGGCAGCAGCACCAAAAAGUCCUUCCUUGUUGGAGUUGUGUACUCCGGAUUUCGAUUGUGUCUGCGGCAGAAGUCGAACUGACACGGCAGACGACAAUCACUCCAUAAUCACCGACACUGGUUCUACUACACGUACUACUACUGGUACUAGUACCAUGGAAUCCUCUCCACAACCUCCCAACCGCUUGGGAGAAUUGGCGGGAAAUGCGGGACGAGCAUUUAGUCAAUUUGCCACUUCGUCACUCCAAAAUUUAACCACCCGGAGAUACACAUUACCCGAUAAGAGUGUCGCCUCACAGGUACUCAUGUAUCGACAAUUGCUACAUACCAAGUGCCGUCCUGGAUUGAAAUUGUCACGAGACUACCAAGGAACUCCUGCCCAAAAGGCCGUCCUACACAUGCCGUGGUGGGAAGAAGGAAUUGAACAAACAGGAAAAAUGAUCAUUUCAUACGACAACCUCAUUGUACGACUCUGGCUGAAUGGAGCAAUUAUGCCAUAUGUACAGAUUCUAGAAGCAGUCGACAAGGCGUCCAUUGAAACACUCGUAGAUGAAAAGGGACUGCCACCUAUUCCACAUGAUUAUUGGGUCGAUAGACUCGGAUUCCAACAACCUGAUCCCGUCACUGACUUUCGUUCCGGUGGAGUCUUGAGUCUAGCCAUGAUGGUACACAUUGUUGAGGCGUGUCCUCAAGUCCACGAACGAUUCGUGGCCCCCAAAGGCGAUGCAUCCGUCUUGCCCUUUGGUAUUACAUGCAUUAAUGUCACGGAUAUGCUCUCCAAAUUCUGUAUGCUCGCAAAGAGUGUCGAUCGAAUGGAUGCAUUGCUCAGUCAAAAACCAUUUUGGAGAUGCUUUGCUGAUCCAUCCUCCAUUCUCGUACUACAAGAACUUUCGCUCGAUAUGCUCGCCGAUGUCGUAGUCGAACUCUCCGAAGAACGACGGAUUCCAGGAUACACCGCGCCGGAUGACGACAAGAACCAAAGUAGCUUGCACAAUGACAAGGAUGAACCGGGAAAGGUCACUGUGUUUGAUUUCUCCGUCAUCAUGGAACGAACCGAAAAGCGAGUAGAACGGGAUUUAUUGGGGGCUGGACCCAAAUCCGUGGAAGAACUCAGAGCGGUUCGGCUACGAUUGAAACAGCGAUAUCGCAAUCAACUAGAACGAACAAAACAGAGGGCCGAACAACAACGCCAGAAACAACAGCAACAACAAUUGAAGCAGCAAGAUGGAAACAACAACAACGAAGGAGACGAAAACAACAAUGUGGGUAGUACUGGUAUGCAAGACUCUCGAAAGAUGGCCGAUCAAGUCAUGUCCCAUGCGACCAACGUUGCCAGUGGGGCCACGACCAUGGCAGCCGGUGUACUGGCCAAAAUAAAGAGUCCUGGGUUCAACCCACUUCGAAAAGGAGAGGAUGGAGAUGAAGCUGCCAAGUCCAGCCAACGACCCGAAGAACCCGACCUGAUGGCAUUCUCGGGCUCGGAGGAGGAUGGGGAUUGGGUGCAGUCACCUAUGGAGCCUCCAACGGACGCAAUUGAACACUUUAGUAUUGACGACGACGACGACAUGCUGUAGUCACUAUAAGAAUAAUGCGGAUAUACCUCUGUCCCACCCCGCAGAUGUUACUAGUCCGUGUAGUGAUAACCAGGGGCAAACAGCACACAUCAAUUGCAGACAUCGAUGACUUGCCGACGUUCAACAAUGGGCUCGACGUGUUGACGGUACAUGUAACUUGCACGCCAGUCCUAAUAUGUGAGCGCUUCGCAAAGAACAUUGCUUCAUUUGAUUGCAGGGUGGUAUCUAGCAAGGCAUCCAGUACAUGUAGCCUGUAUGUCAGUCCUAAACUGGCUAGAUAUUGAUAGUACAUCGUAAUGAUUGGUUGAAUGAAGCAGCUUAGCGGUGAUAUCUAUAUACAAAAGGAAGCAGACGGAUGCUCAAAACAUUGUGCAUAGUACCAGUACUAUUAUAGUACGCAGAAGAGAGCGAGAGCUUCAUUGAUUGCCAGGAACCUGCAUGUAUCCGUACAAAAAAAAAAACACAAAACCAUUGUAUUGUUUGGCAAAGGAAAACGCAAUUUGCUCCGAGUACGGUACUUCUGUCCACGCAACCGUCGACAACCUGAUAAACGCUUGCAUGCAUCAGCACCCUUGAAAUUCGAGCAGACGUCUUGUUUUGUUUCCCAACACGUUCUCGCUCAUUCGCCUACACAGCCAGUCAACGACAAUGUCAUCUACCGCCUCUUCGACUCGCACGUCGUUCGCGCCCUGGACUCGACUCGACCUUCACCGUAGAGAUUGAUCCCGUUAACAAUCAAACGGAAGUGGAAUGCUCAAUACUGCUCUUGUCUUCCUCCUACUUGGCGUUGUUCCGGAAGAUAAUCAUCCACAUCGCCGUAGACAAAAACUGUCAUUCCAAUGGGGGAUCGUUCCGCUGUUUCGUCCGCCUUGGUUCCGCUUCUGGAAUCCAUCAGCGCUGCCAUAGAUCGCGACCGUCCCAUCGAACGCACCACGAAGGCUUCCGCUGUACACGACAACGCCAUCACAAACAUGGUCGUUGUAAACAGACUUGCAAUGCUAUUUCCAGUAGUAGUAGUCGAGGCGCUCAUCUUAUCUUUCUAUCAAAUAUUGUUUCGUCCGUCUGUAUUGGAAAGAAGUGACCUGACAUGCUGCUUCUUUUGCUUCCGCUGCUGACCCUCAUACAGUAGGUGAUGAUGGAAGAUGCUGGCCCAUCAUCCAUCUGUUACAGAUCAGCGCAGGGUUACGUGGCAGAAACCACAUCGUCCCUGUCUCCCAAACUCUUUGCUCUUCCAAGGAAAAAGUGAGCAGACACCAGCUGCAUGGGUGCCACCUCAAAGCCACGUCAUACUCUACUGGUUCAGCAACAUGUUCCUUCGUUCCUUCUGCGUUCUUCAAGACCCACACUGGCCCUGAGUGCCGGAUCUUAGACAGUCCAGUCGUCCAGUCCUCUCUUUCGGGUACCACACGGUACACGUACCGUAUGGUUACUGGUAGCUACGGUAACUGGUACCGGUAGCUAGCUAGUACUCAUAUGGUACCGGUACUGUCACCGGUACGGUCAACUGUGCCACAACCCACCAAACAACCAAGACAACAAGACAACAAUCCUU